AUGGCUGUUGCCGGUUUGCAUAAUGUCUCCCCUUUCGGUCCUUCCUUGUUCGGGGAGUCUCACGUGUCGGAACGCAGCACCCGGGCUUCUUCUCUCUUGCAGAUGUGGCGAGAGCUCGAGGGAGACCAUGAGGUGACCCGUUCUCCUAGGUCAACAAGACUGAGAAAUGACUCAGAAUUGGGCUUAAGUACCUCUGUUUCUGAAAAUGUCCUUGGAAGUGAUAACCAAGGCACUGCAAAUUCCGGAAUUGAGCAAGAUGAUGAUAACAGCAUUAUAUCCGAACAGUCAACCGAGCUCGGAGAAAACGAGCGCGAGCGGGUAAGACAUAUUUUUCAAGGGUGGAUGAAUAGUGGGGCCGCGGGCCAUUCCCAGCCGAAUAGCCGAUCGGGUUCAGAGUGGCUUGGCGAGAAUGAGUGCGAAAGGGUGAGAAUUAUCCGUGACUUGGUGCAUACGAAUGUUCAGCAGAGAAGCAGUGGGGAAGGUUGUGAAUCCAGUUCUCAUAGUGAGCAGGUUCGUGAUGGAUUAGCAAUCGUUAAUCCAGAGAUUUGUGGAAGAAGGACCGUUCGGAAAAUAUGCGGUAGACAGACUCUUAUCGAUCUUCUCGUGAGGGCUCAGUAUGAGCGAAGGAAAGAACUUCAGGGUUUGUUCGACCAGAAGCCCGUGUCGGGGUUUGUCCACCGCAAUCGCAUCCAGGCUUUACUCAGAGGAAGGUUCUUAAGGACUGAAAGAUCGACCCUGGACAGCAGGCCAUCUUCGGUGGCUGCAACGGAACUAGGUUUGUUAAGGCAAAAACAUACCGUUUCUGGCCUACGAGAAGGAUUUCUCUCCAAAUUGGAUGAUUCUGCUCCUGCUUCUGCUUCUGCUUCUGCUUCUGCGAACAAUGCCGAAUUUGAUACCUUAUCCAGCAACGGAAACAUUAGUGAAUUAGAGACUAGAGACAGGGGAAUUGCAAUAACAGAGAUUCAGACAAUGCCAGACUCCGAAUCUGUUGCAAAUGAAAGCAGAAGUCAGCUAGGAUUCUUAGCACACUCGGAAUUAUAUACUCCAGUGACCCAAAACGAGAUGAAUAUUCGAGAAUUGUAUUUUGAAACUGACAGACAUCAACAAGAAGUAUUACACGAUGUUGGAGGCGUUCAUAUUGCAGAUGAACCCGUUUUGAACAUUGAGUCGGCUGAAUUGGCCGAGCAAGAGAUAAAUACUACUAAUGCUAAUGAAAUGCCCCUUUCAAAUGAGAAUAUAAAUUAUGAGGGUUCUCAUGAGAUAGCUGAUGAACAAUAUGAAAUGAGAAGUGCGAGUUUUGGUCAAGAAACGGUUCUUGAUCUUACAGCUGGAUUUGACGGAAAUAAUAUCGAACAGUUAGACUCGCAAAAUGCACUUUCCAGUCAGUGGUUUGAUAAUACCUCUGUUAACGGAGCAGACAGGCAAGAUCAGAUGCAAGAAUCUCAUGAAGAAGACGUUUUGCAAGAGGCUAUCGAUAGUUGGCUAGACAUGCCUUCUGGAGAUGUUGGUGCAUUCGGAAGGAUUCAUACCUUUUAUUUUUCUGAUGAUGAUAAUGCUCAGAGCAUGGAAAUCAGAGAGCUUUUUAGCCGGAGACAUGUCUCUAGUCUGUUACGAAGUGGUUUCCGUGAGAGUCUGAACCAAGUGCUGCGGUCUCAUGUGGAAAGGCAAGCUAAUGCUCUAGGCGACUGGGAGUCGGAUAAUGGGUCUUUUUAUCCUAACCUAGCUGAGCAAGAAGUGAGACGACAAAAUGAUGACAUGGCUCUGUCUCAAUCUGAAGGUGCUGAUGUGGAUUUAUUUACCCAAACUUCUGCCCUUUCUCCUGAACCUGAGACUCCUUGGGACUUUGAGUUACAGAGUGAAAAUUAUCUGCAUCAGGAGUGGGAGGUCGUGAAUGAGUUGAGGGUUGAUAUAACUAGACUUCAGCAGAGGCUGAACAAUAUGCAGAGUAUGCUCGAACAAUGCAUGGACUUGCAGAUAGAGUUGCAACGUUCUGUGCGGCAAGAGGUCUCGGCAGCUUUGAACCAUGAAUUAUCAAAAGAAAAUAUGAUUCAUGAUGAAUGUCAAUUGGAUUUUGUGAGGAGAGGAAUUUGCUGCCUUUGUCAUGACAGCAAAAUCGAUUCCUUGUUGUACAGAUGCGGGCACAUGUGUACCUGUUCGAAAUGUGCAGAGAGAUUGGUCGAGGGACCCAGAAAAUGUCCAAUGUGCCGGGCCCCAGUUCUCGAGGCUGUCCGAGCUUAUAUUAUCCAGUAA